ACACACAGUAGGAGAGACAGAGAGAAAGGGGAGAGAGUUGGAUAGCGAGAGAGAGAUAGAGAGACAGACAGAGAGAGACAGAGCGAGAGUAAGAGAGUUUUCUUCAAACAACAGUGAUGGAAACGUUGUUGUAUCUCACCCUGCUAAUCUCAGGAUUCUACACACCUUCCUCAUGUCUUCAUCAGUAUCACCUCAUUACCAACAAUAUGAACUGGACUGAUGCCCAGAGUUACUGCAGAGCACAUUACACUGAUCUGGCUACAGUAGAUGACAUGGAGGACCAGAACAGGCUGAUUACCAGUGUCAGUUUUGAUGGUUGGUUCUGGAUUGGACUGAAGAAGGGAGACUCGAUGAAGUGGAACUGGUCUCUGGCAGACAGACGUUUCUACAGAGAGGGGGAAACUGAGUUCAGAAACUGGGACACUGGGACGCCCCAAAAUGGCAACUGUGUUUUAAUGAGUACAGCUGGUCUGUGGAACAACACCUCCUGUGAUGACCAGCAUCACUUCAUCUGUUAUGAUGGAAAACAAGACACCAACCUAACAUACGUCUUAAUUCAGGAGAACAAGGCCUGGAUAGAUGCUCAGAGUUACUGCAGACAGCAUCACACAGACCUGGUCAGUGUGAGGAACCAGACAGAGAACACAGAGAUAGAGAAGAAGAUAUCACUGAGGGGACUUCCUGUGUGGAUCGGUCUGUUUCAAGACUCCUGGAGAUGGUCAGACCAGAGUGACUCCUCAUUCAGAAACUGGCAGUCAGGAUGGCCUUCAACAGAUCAGGGAUACAACUGCACUCUGGUGUCUUCUGAUCCUUCUUCUGAUUAUUAUUCUAAAUGGAUAAAUGUGCCCUGUGACAACAACUAUCCUUUCAUCUGCUGUGACUCAGCUGUGGAGACCCCUGAGAAACCUCAACUGAAGAGACAGGUGGUGAGAAUGAAGAUGACCCCAAAGGAUCAACAUCUGAAUAUCAGCGAUCCUGCUGUUCAGGACUCCAUCUUACAAGAGAUAAGGAACAAGCUGAAGGAGCAGGGGUUACCUGCAGACACCAAAGUGACAUGGAAAAAGCAGCCUGAUGGGAAGGUCUUCCACAAGGAGGAAGAGGGGUCUCCCAAGAAAGAAGAGGAGAAGAAGAUGAAGAGGAUGAUGACAAAGAGAGAACUCUAAUUAUGUUAAAUGUUCUAAUAUUUAUCUUUUUAGUUAUAUUAAUUUUCUGUACUGGGAUGUAUUUUCUGAACCUAAUUACAUGUGUUUUAUGAAGUAAAUUGUUUAAGUAUAAACAUUAAUAGUUUUUUAUCGUGAGAUGUUUUUCUUGAUAAUUUUCUUGACUUGGUUGUUGUAAAUACUUAUU